GUGGGGUGGUCAAGCUCGAACUGGGUAUGUCGCGCGUCAUGUCGUCCUGCAGUUGUGGAUGUGGCAAGUCCAUCCGGAAACUGGCAGUUGAGGUGGCUAUCCGAGAGAAAAAGGGCCGCCACGUCAACAACAAGCUCAGGAAGGUCGUGGAAGGCGGCUCCUCAGUUGCGAGAAACGUGGAGGACGAAGACUGGGUGGCGGAGGGGGUGCUGUCGCAGGUGGAAACCGACUUCGAGGAAGAGGAGGAAGUGUCGUUGAAGCGGAAGUCAUCGAGGAGGGGAAGUGGAGCCCUCCGGAUCGAGGAUGUUGGCGAAAGACGAGGCGGAGGAGGCCACGCAGUAAUGGAAGACGUCAUCGAUGUCAACGCCGCUGCGGCAUCCAGGCGAGGAGGGGGAACUGCAGUCACACACCAACAUCGCGCUCCAGUGCUACGUGUGAACGAAGCCAUGGUCGCGAAAGAGGUUGUCGGUCGUGCGCGAAUACCAGGAACCGCGCGGGCGACGACGGGCACAGACGUUGGCGCAAACACGCAAGGCUUCACACGCGGCCAAAGGAGCGAGGGCGGGCGGGGUGAAGCCGGGGGGGGGAGACCAGGCGGUGUAAGGGGCAAGGGCAGGCGUUGUCGUAGGACCGGGGGAGGACGACGAAGUGUUGGUGAACAGGGUGCGUCAGCAAAGUGCGCGGGAUGGAAUAGAGGCAGCGUCGAAGCUUUGGGUGGACGACAUCCGCUUCUGGAACGAAAAGGAAGGGAACGCCAUUGUGAAGUUGAUGCAGGAAGCGCGCCUGUAUCUUGUUGCGGUGGCGCGGGAGUGCAGGCUCCAGCAGUUUGUCGAAGCAUCGUCUUGCCACAUCCCACCAUCCCACAACACAAAAUCGACGACGAAUCCGAGUUGAACGCUGCGCAGGAGAGGGCGUUGAAGGUGCAGACCAUCGGUUUGCGGGUGAUCCACAGGCAGGUCUUCAAGUCGACAAGCAGGCAACGGGGGUACCACGUUGCGUACGGGUACGCGUUGGACCACGCAGCAACUGACAUCGCUCGUGCGAUAUGGCUGGGGGAGGACUGGCGUGUAUGUGUGAGCCCCAUGGUGUUCCACAUCACGCUGGACAUGGAUAUGAAGUUGCCACUGUGGUUCGUCGGCACCAACAUCAAAGACAGGCACGAGAACAACGAGUUGGCGGCGUAUCAGGAGGCGAGCAUCCAGCGACUGGUGGGGGCGUUCACGAGCGCCGUGAGCACGGCGGAGGGGAUCGACGGCGGUCGGGUGUCGCAAAAAAGGUUGAAGAGCGUUGCCGAAGCGAUGAGGAUCAUGCUCGCGGCGACCAUGUGGCUCAUGCGGAUGAGCGGGGACGAUCAUCGCGCGCAUUACGACGCGUGGGUAUUCGUCCAACUGACGACAAAAUCGACGCUCAUUGCAUCCAUGCAUCGCUCAUUCGAUGCGCGUCGCCACAUCGUGCAAGCUGCGACCGCCAUAACGGACAAGUUGGCGGAACCCCCCAUGACUUUGGUAGCGCCUCCAUUGUACAUCCCCGACUGGGCGUCAAUCGACGUCAAGUUCUCACAUGACGCCACGUUGUCUUCCCCCAUGGAGGCAAAGAAGCUCGAUUGGUUGGGCACAGGCCCCCCGGAAGACAUCGAGGACGACAAAGCCAAUGACGAAGGGAGCGGGGGGGGAUGAUGACGCGUUCACGGCGAUGUGUCGACAUCGCCAUCGCCAUCGCAGGGCGGGAUAGGGUGGUUGUCGCAUUUCCCAUUUAGACG